CUGUCCACAGGUGCACCAGUCGUGAUGCAGCAGCCACGAGUGGAGACGGAUAUCAUCGGGGCUGGCGAGGGUCCCCAGCGGGCAGUGCCCUGGUCAGCCUGGGUCACCCGUCAGGACUGGGUGCGCUGGUGGGCAUGCCACAUGCCUCGGAGCUGGGCCCAGUGGUGGAAUACAUCAGGCUGGCGGCAACCACUACAGCGUAUGCUGUGGGGUCUGGAGGGGACACUCUACUUGAUGCUGGCACUGAUGCUAUGUCAUGCACUCUUCACGACUGGCUCCUACCUGCUGAGCUCCCUGUGGCCUGUGGUGGCUGUGGUGUGGAGCCACCUGCUGCCAGCUUUCCUGCUGCUGGUGCUCAGUGCCCUGCCUGCUCUGCUCUUCGCUGCCUCCUUCCUGCUGCUCUUCUCCACAUUGCUGAGCCUUGUGGGUCUCCUUACCUCCAUGACUCACCCAGGCUAUGCUCAGGACUUCGACCAAUAG